AAAACCUAAAAAAAAACAUGAAAAAUGAGAGCUAUAUAUCAUCAGCUAGGGUUUUGAUUGCUGCUUCAGAAGCCGCAGCGAGAGAGUAGCAAACCGGAGAGAGCUCGGAGGAAUCGCAGCAGCCAUGGCGGAGAAAGCAGUCACCAUCAGGACCAGGAAGUUCAUGACCAACAGGCUUCUCUCCAGGAAGCAGUUUGUCAUUGAUGUUCUUCACCCAGGAAGAGCCAAUGUUUCAAAGGCUGAGCUCAAGGAGAAGUUGGCAAGGAUGUACGAGGUUAAAGACCCAAACGCAAUCUUUGUUUUCAAGUUCAGGACCCACUUUGGAGGUGGCAAAUCUUCUGGAUUUGGUUUGAUCUAUGACAAUGUCGAGAGUGCCAAGAAGUUCGAGCCCAAGUACAGGCUCAUCAGGAAUGGGCUUGACACGAAGAUUGAGAAAUCGAGGAAACAGAUUAAGGAGAGGAAGAACAGGGCCAAGAAAAUCCGUGGUGUUAAGAAGACCAAGGCUGGUGACCCCAAGAAGAAGUGAGUUGUUAGAAGACAACGGCAGCAUUUUGGGUUUUGUUCUGUGCAUCAUCCCUUCUUUAUUUCGAUUUUGUGCUUCUCAUUGUCACACUUGUUCUGUCUCCGUUUGCAUUAUGUGUUAAAGCUUUAGAGUAUCAUGUGCUAAGAUUUUGCUGAAUACAUUUUAUUUGAAAUUCCUCCCAAAA